AUGCGGGUGGAAGUGAUUAAGUCGGGCAAUAAUACCAGCACUGCAUGGGUUUCUGUCGCUACGUUUGACGCACUUCAUGCUGUAUGGGGAUGUUACCUGAUGCUUAAAUGCUGCGAACGGCAUCGAUCGCGAGCAUUUCGCUUGGAAAUUGAUGAAAAUAUGGAAGAUAGAGGCACAAAGGUUCAAAUUGACCACUGGCCGAUGUGCAAUGAAGAUGAAAAUUUAAGCGGAAUUUGCAGCCAUAACGAUACGAUAGAGGUACAAGUUGUUGCACCGUCGAACAUGAACGUUGUGCAAUGCUUGGCAUUAGCCCCAUGGCAUGGACAGCAGAUUAAGCUUACACUUACAUUUAUAAAAAGCUUGUUGCGUGGUCGAAUCUUGACGGGUCGAGCUGGAUACGUUACCCUACAGCGUGAUGGGAUGCAGUAUGGAAAUUGGAUCUACGAAGGAUAUUUUCGCGGACACAGUGGCGAUAAAGCAGAGGUAUUUGAUGGUGGGGUCGUGACAGACCAGACUUUGGUAUUGAUUUAUCCUUCAGCAAUGUCACUACCCACAAAAUUGCUAGCAGCAAAGCCAAUAUAUCAGCCUGUUGGGAUUCACGCUCGUCAAUUUCGAGAUCUUGUAGCCAUGUCGUUUCAACAUACAUCGUUGUUGUCAUUUGAGGCUGCUGUCCGGAUCGCGCCUCAUUCAUUGCUGCUUCACGCACCAAGCGGCGCCGGAAAAUCAACACUAGUGCAUCAAAUUGCAGAGGAGAUGGGUGCAAGUUUGCUACUACUGGACGGUGGGCUGUUGGCAUCUCCGCAAUUGUGUAUAGAAGACUUUUUUUCUGCUGCACUGCGCAUCCAACCUUGUGUACUGCUGAUUGAGGAUAUAGAGUUGAUGUUUCCUCUGACGAUGGAUGAAAUCAAGCACAAACUUGUAUGUCAACUUGUGAAGUGCAUCGAGUGUAUUCAAAAGGCUAACAUGGCUCGCGUCGUAGUCAUUGGAACUGUGUCACUACUCAGCAUGCUGCAUUUAAAAGUGCGGCAAGCUUUCACUGAGGAAUUUUUUCUCGACGUUCCUGACAAAAUUUGGAUGGUAAAUUUACUCAAGUCGUUGCUACCUCCAUCAGAGCUACUGCGCCAAGAGUUUCUCAUGUCGUUAGCGGUUCGCUACGGUCAGAAACCAAGUAACAUUGUGUCAAUCGCUCAAGAAAUUUGCACGCGUUUAUCAAGAAAAGAUAGCCAACACAUUGGUAUAGAGACGAUGGAAUCGGAAAUUGCGGCUUCAGCACGCCAGAUCUCCAGCACCAGCAAUCAUGUUGAAGCUGUCAGAUCCUCAGUUCCAUCUGUCUCCUGGGAAGAUAUAGGAGGCUUGGAGGAUGUUAAGCAGAGCUUGAUCGAAAUGGUAGUGUGGCCGUUGGAAAAACCGCACGUCUUUCGUCGCAUGGGAAUUUCUCCUCCGUUAGGGUUGAUACUGCAUGGCCCCCCAGGCACAGGCAAGACGAUGCUUGCAAAAGCAACCGCAAAGGCAAGUGGAUGUAACUUUCUUAACUUGUCAGCUAGCGAUCUCAUGAAAGCCGAAUUUGGUGAGAGUGAAAAGGCGAUCGCUCGUGCGUUCGACACCGCCCGAGCACUUAGUCCGUGCAUGAUUUUCAUCGACGAGUUUCAGUCGCUGUUUGGCAACCGGUCAACAGCGGGUCAGACCACAUCUCGGAUGAUUUCUCAGCUGCUGAUGGAGCUUGAUGCGUCGAAGGCAGUAUCCGAUGAUAGCAACAUGCAUGCCUCUGAUCUUAGCUUGAGGACUGUUGCUGGUCGCAUUUUUGUCCUAGCUGCAACUAAUGUUUUGACCGCUAUUGAUCCUGCAUUUCUUCAGCCUGGUCGCUUCGAAAACGUUGUGUAUGUUGGACUACCUAAUGCAAACGAACGGAAGGCCAUUUUUGAAAUUCAACGCAAAAAAAUGCCAUGGAGCCAAGACGUUGAUCUUGAUAAACUUGUCGAAGAGACAGAUGGAGAAAACGCAGCGUCACUGAUUGCAUUGUGUCAAGUUGCAGCAAUCCAAGCCAUGCAUCGAAUACCUCCAAACGCUCCCGAAGUCGAACAGUGCAUCGGAAUGGUUGAUUUCGUCUCUGCAUUGGCUAAAGAAAAUUGCGAUAUAAAAUAA